GGGCGGAGGAGGAGGAGGAGGAAGAGGGGCUCCCACCCUUCUGUGCUGGAGGAGCCCCCCGGAGCCCCUUCCCAUGGAGCCGGAGGACGCGCGGCGAGCCAAGCAGGAGAGCCGCCACAGCAACGUCCACAGAGUGGAUUCAUAUGGAUUUGAAAGGCCCACAGACUUUGACUAUGUGACAUAUGAAGAUUUUUUUUCUGGAUACUUAGUAGUACUCACUAGAAGAGCAAUUAAGUGGUCCAAGCUUUUAAAGGGAAAUAAUAGUGUAUCUAAAAGCUUAAAAGUAAAACGCUACAUCAGGAAAGGCAUUCCAAAUGAGCACCGGCCGCUGGUGUGGAUGGUGGUCAGUGGUGCUCAAGCCCACAUGGAACAAAACCCUGGGUAUUACCAGAAGCUUCUGGAUGGGGACAAAAAUGACAAGCUGGUGGAAACCAUUAAAACAGACAUGAAUAGAACAUUUCCAGAUAAUAUAAGAUUCCGCAAAACUGCUGAUCCCUGUUUACAGAAAACACUCUACAACGUUUUAGUGGCAUAUGGGCACCAUAAUCAGUCAGUAGGAUACUGCCAGGGCAUGAAUUUCAUAGCUGGCUACCUGAUUCUUAUAACAAGAAAUGAGGAGCAGUCCUUCUGGUUGUUAGAUGCUCUCAUUGGUCGAAUAUUACCUGAUUAUUAUAGUCCAGAAAUGAUGGGUCUCAAAACAGAUCAAGAAGUCCUUGGAGAACUGGUGAAAAUGAAGAUACCAGCUGUGGCAGAGUUAAUGGAGAAGCAUGGCAUCAUGUGGACUUUGGUGGUGUCUCGUUGGUUUAUAUGUUUAUUCAUUGAUGUUCUUCCAGUAGAGGCAAUACUUCGAAUCUGGGACUGUUUGUUCUAUGAGGGAUCAAAAAUAAUUUUCCGAGUGGCCUUAACGUUAAUUAAGCAACACCAAGCUUUCAUUCUGGAAGCCACCAACUUCCCUGAUAUCUGUGACAAAUUCAAGCAGAUCACCAAAGGACCAUUUGUAACAGAAUGUCAUACUUUCAUGCAGAAAAUAUUUACAGAACCUGGAACUUUGCGGAUGGCUACAAUAGAGAAACUGCGAGAAACUUGUAGAGCAAAUCAGAUUGCUCAGAUAAAUGGACAAUAUGUUAGAUAAUACUGUAAGUCUGGAUACAUUCCUUUGCUUAAUUGCACUGAUUCACCAUUUCCUCAGUUUCGUUAUUGACUGGCUCUUGACCAAUUCUCUUCAGACUUUCAAGUAAGUGCUGAAACUUACAAAAUAUGUUUUGUAAAAACACACGUCAGUUCCUAUGUGAAUAAAAUGCAAUGUGGUAAUAGCCUUUUUUUGAAACUUCAAGAAACUGUAAAUACAAAAUAAAUGUAUUUAAAUAUC